GGCGCUUGUUUGCUGCCGUCGGCGGAGAGGCCGCGACAGCGCUGGGCGCUUGCGGGCGAGAUCAAUGGGCGUCCAGCGCAAGAUAGUCGCCGAUAGCAUAUAUGCUGCCCGAGCCUCACCGGAGCGACCAAGACCGUACCGUUCACCACCGUCUACGUCGACUGCCUACAGGUACUCCCAUACAAUGUCCACCAAUGUAGCAGACACGACUCUUUCCUCAGGCAGCACCGCAGUCGACAACGGCUCGCCAGACACACAGGUGGACUUCAAGAAAGAUGGAUCCGCUUCGCGCAUGCGCCUGCACAAGGGGAACAUCCCUACCAUGCCACAGACGAAGUCCUGCCCGAUGUGCCCUGCGAAGUUCACUCGGACGACGCAUCUAAGUCGUCACCUGCGUACCCACACCCGGGACAAGCUGCAUGAAUGCGAUAAAUGUCAUUCUGAGUUCACGCGGAGUGACCUCCUGACAAGGCACAAACGAAGCUGCGGGGAUCCAACUGCCAACCGCUCCCGCCGCAAAUCAUGCAAAGCAUGUGCCGAUUCCAAGGUGAAAUGCGACCUGCAGCAGCCCUGCUCCAAAUGCCGCACACGGGGAAGGGAGUGUAUAUACGUCUCUGGCCACUCAGUCUCUUCUGGUUCACGGAUUGCCAAAGAGGAGUCGAAGGUUCUCGAUGCAUUCGACGAAGAACUGGCUAACAUGCUUGCUAAUCCGUCCCUUGCUUCGUCAUCAACCGCCCGCACCCUGACGCCUGAUGGCUAUCUGAAUCAACACACGGUGCCGAGCGUUGACGCCAGCGCUAUCCCUCCCCCCGCAGGCGGGCAGCUUACUACGCCACUCCCCUCUGCUACAUAUACGUCCGCCACUGUCGACUUCGCGAUCGCCAGUAGUUCCAUGUUUGCCCAAAUCGACAACCCGGACACCGCCCACACCAGCAUGCACGGCGGGCCGAACGGCGUGUUUGAUGCUGGCGAGAUGUUCGACGAUCUCUUCGGCGGCAUGUUCGGGCCCAGUCAACAGAUGAUGCCACCACCCGACUUCAGCUUUUCCGGCAAGGGUACGGACGCGGCGGGUGCUUCGCCCGACGUCGGGGGCAGCCAGAGCAGCGAUGUGUCGUUGGCUAGCACUCCUUUCCCCGCCGCAUUGUUCGAUCUGUCGACAAUGCCACUAUCGACCAGCAAUCAGUACUCGUUCGAUGCCUCGCCUUCAGCAAGUUCAAGUAUGGCCUCAUCAAGCAGUCCCGGCUCGUCUGGCAGUGCUAGUUCAUCCAGUGUCAAGGACAUGCAAGGUAUCACAAUACCUGACGGUCUCUCACCUGCUUGUCUCUUGACCUACUUGUCGUUCUUCUUCUCAGCGUAUCUCACAAACAUGCCAAUUGUACAUGCCGCGACUUUCGUUCGCGAGGGCAGGCACCCUUUGUUAAUAACUGCUAUGGAGACAUGCGGCGCGCUAUACGUGAAGACACGCAAAGCCAUCGACUUUAUCGACCAAAAUCUCGCAAGAGCCCGAGACGAGUUAGUCGUGGAGUUUGCAAAGGGGGCCUCAUCACGCGACUGGGAGCGUCAGAUUGACCUGGUACUUGCGGCGGACUUAUUCCAGACCGUCGGUUUGUUCCACCAGAGCUCAGAGCAGCGCUCGUUCUCGAACGUAUACCAUGGUAUAUUUGCUAUGAUGAUCCGUCUAAACGGUUUCGCUGAUAAAUGCCUGGAAUGGAAUGCUCCUGAGGAUAUCAAUGCCUCCAAUGUUGAGCAAGUUUGGCGGGAGUGGGCCAAGCACGAGACCGCCCGCAGAGGGCUCGCUGUCUCGUACAUGCAUGAUUGCUGCCACUGCCUCUACUUCAACUUACGCCCGACGUACGAGUCGGCUACAUUUGACAUGUAUUUGCCAUGUGAGGAUGCGCUGUGGACCGCAUCGUCGGCUGAGGAUUGGUUAUCCAUUCUCCGCAAGCCCUCGCGAUAUGGCAACAUGCAGCAGCGCCUCGAUGGUCCGCGGCUGCAAAAGGCUUACCGGAAGCUCGCCGAACCGAGCGAGGCUCUAUCACCACCACCCGUCUUUAACCCGUGGCAGCACUUCAUACUCGUCCACGUCCUCCUUCGGCAGCUCUUCGAGGAAUAUAUCGAGGCUCGGUCACCAGAGUCGGAGGGCGGGCAGGCCCCUGCCACUUCGGGACCGCAGACCGAGUACAUCAGCCAGGACCGCAUCUUCAGCUUCCAGGCGACGCUGCACCGGUGGCUGCAGAGCUGGCUCCAGUCACCGCACUCGCCGCAGUACUCGGAGCUGGAGCCGCGCUUCGUCGAGCAGGCGCUGCCGUACUACUGGAUCGCGCAGGUCGCCAUCAUGGCGUACCAGGAGCGGCUGCCGCCGUUCUGCACGGGCACGAUGUACCUCGUGUCGGGCGAGGCGAAGUUCCGCCUGAUGAAGAAGUGGGAGAAGCAAUCCGGAAUUUCCUGCGGAGGGGAGGGAAGGAGCCGACGCUGUCGUUUGCUGAGCUGGUGAACGUGCGGCUACGGAAGUGGGACGCGAAUGCGGGCCAUGAAGAUGACCCUGUCAAUCUCUUGGGUUCUUCCCGCAGAUGUAGAUAUGUGCGAUUGUGCGAUGUGCGAGUGCGUUACGAGUGUGUUACGAUGUCACGGGUCGGUCUGUUCACGUAUUGGAUACUAACUUAUGUCGAGGUCCAUUGACAGGACCUGUGAAUAAUAUAUCGAGUCCCGCUGUCUCUUGGGCGCGCAUUGAUUUUUACGAUGUGCAUGUUGGCAUAAUGUAUGCUCUUCAGCAGCGGCGAGUGCAUGGUGUGGUAUGGGCC